CGUCUCAAUCUGAAACUCGCGCGCGGUAGUUCAGUACGUCUACACGUUCGAGCAACGCGCUGAAACUUCGUUAGAAAAAUAAAAACAUAUUCGAACAAAAUAACUGAAACAAAGUGAAACGAUUGCAGCAAGAGGACAAUAGCCCUCCGGGAAUCCCGUUUUGUGAUGUUUGGUUCGUGACUCGUACAGUGAUAUUUUUGUAGGAUCGUAAAGUUUUUGUUGAAACUUUUCACGGAACGCUAGCCAUGUGACUUGGAAGGAGCAUCGAAGUAGAAGUGAUGUGGUGGCUACUGGCGCUGGCAUGUCUGACGGCAUGCGUCGGCGCAGGUGGCACGCCGUGCGAGGAGGCCCGCAUGCGUUGCGCGUACCGGACAGGCUGCGGGGCCGCCCUCAACAACUACAUGUACCUUUGCAAUGAGGUGCUGACCAAGCCUGCCAGCUCGUGCCCCAACGAGUGCGGUCAUGCGCUGAUAGCCCUCACUUCCACUGAAGAGGGGAAGGAGCUCAUGAAUUGUCAAUGCGAGGACGAGUACUGUCUGGAAGCAAAGCAAAGGAUUGACGUCUGUCGUCCGCAAGUGUUGAGAGGAGCAGCCAACGCCACAGCCUCCUGUCGGCUCUCUCAACUCAUCUGCUUAGCAGACGCUCAGUGUGCCACGGCUUUACGAUACUACAAGGACCUGUGCAGAUCAGUGUAUCGAGGCAGAAAGUGCUCCAACAAGUGCCUUAACUCCAUACAAAUUCUUCGGAAGCAGGAGAAAGCUGCCGCCCUUCAAGCGUGCCAUUGCGACGGCAACGAAGAUUACGACUGCCCAAAGAUGCAGAACAAUCUAGCAAGGUUGUGCUUCCACAAACAUUCAAAGAAUCAUACAAAGAACCACGAGAGAGGCUACGAAGAGAAGCAUAGGAAACAUCACCAACACCAGGUGGUGUCAUCCACAAAUUCCAUUACAAUAUCGAGUGCAUUAUUUUUAUUUUCUACGUUUUUCACUUCCAAGUACAAUACGUGACAGGAAGCUUUGAGGUCUACCUCAUAUUAUAGGAUAGAUUUAGAAUAUUAUAAACUUUCUAAAGGUCAUAAUGUAAGAUUUUGUAAAUAUGUAUAGAUCAGUAUUUUAAAGUAAUAUUAUACUUUUGUGUCUUAAAUUGAGGUUUUGCAAGGGAUUGAAUGUUAUGAAAGUUGUGUAGGAGAAGUGUGUUUGGUUGUUUAGAGGUAUAAAAAUAUGUUACAGGCGAAGUGAAGCAGGGUGCGCAGAGUACAGACUACCCGGGCAGAAUCCACUUUGUAUCGAAUCCAAUGACUGACAAAUGUCUAAUUUGCAGUAGUAGAUAUCUAUUAUUAGUACUGGGUUAAACCUUAGUAGGUAAGAAUAUCUAAUUAGAAUGACAUAUCGAAUUAAUUUUAAAAGGUUAUUUCUUAAGCAAAAACCACUGAAGUGCCACUGGGACUAGGUAGGUAGGUACUUAUAUUCAAUCGAACUUAACUGAUUUAUUUGAUUUUUCCCAGAGUCUAUGGAAAUAAUUGGCUUUAGGAAUCGAUCCUUGAGCGACAGCUCCAAUGGGAUCGCUCUAAAGUACAAAACCGUGUUAUUAUGGUGUAAAAGGUGAUUGGAGACAUAUACCUUAGUUACAUUUGUACCACAACAUAGUAAUUUGCCCAAUGCACCGUUACGAUUGGGCAGUCCUGACUUUGCACAGACUCCGUAGUUCGUCAGUAACGUAAAAGUUAGAUAUCCGAAUAAAGUUCAUAGUGAACGCAAUAGCCGCCCACGGGCGCAAGCGCGGGCAUCGCGCCCCGCUAUAAAUACAGCGGCCGCGCCGGUGGUCCGGUGACAAAUGCAGGGUUGUUCCUGCCGCGGCGCCACGCCGAUUGAUCUACGGCUCGGCGCGGUAACGCGACUUGUCAAACAGAUGGAUAUACACUCAGCCACUCUCCAUCUCGUUAGCUGGUCGCACACCAAUCAGCACGUGCCGUACGCGUCGCACACGCCGAGCGCAUUUUCCGUUCCACUGAGAUGGACGUUCGAGUCGAGUUUCUGGUGCCAGCGAUGUGGCCAUAGGGCGGCGAAUUAAUAUACUAUGCAAAUGUAGGGAAUGCUCAGACAAAUGCUAGAACGUUAUUCGAGCGCAGCAACACUGGCUUUCUAACUGACAGCGGCGUUGGUGUCGCUGCGUUAGAAAGCGUUAGAAUGACGUUCCUUACAUUCGCUACGUUAAUCUGCCGUCUAUCGCAACUUCACUGACGCUACAGACGAUCGAUUCGAAAGUCCACCUAGCAUCAGUUUUGCACAGCGAUUGCUUUAGCUCAAGUAGUUAAACUUAUAGUCUAAUGACUGAUACAUAUUUGCAUAACUGAUAUCUGCAGAAUUCUUUGCUCUAUUACUCAAAUAUGAUGGAAUUAACUAACACAGAACUUACCGCCCAUGGACGCCUUAGAUAUAACAUAACUUCAUACUAGCAAACAAACAAAUUCCUUUGGAAACUGACCAAUGGCAGAUCCUCUGGCACUGGAGGUGUUCAUGGGUGGCGGUAAUCACUUAACAUCAGGUAACCCGCCUGCUUAUUAUUAAAAUCAGUCAGCAUUGAAAGCUUAAAGUGUUUUUUAACUACGAGAAGAGACUCGUACAAGCAAUAUAUUUUUUCAGAACUGGAAAUGUGAACGGAUGAAGUUAUUCGUGUUUCAAUGCUAACUUCAAAUUCAUUCAGAAUAAUUUAGAGGAUGCCACUAAGUUCGGCUCUAAUGUGCGAUCAGUAUUAACUCAUUAGAUCAAAAAGAAUGCAAUCAAAUAGUCAGCGAUUAACAAGACACGAGGAAGUGGAUGUCUCGAGUGGCUAAUUCCGGCGGGCGAAACAAAUCUCCUUUCAGUAUGUUGGCGCGUUACAUAUAGGUAUGCGGGAUGGGAUGCCAACAUCUUGUUACUUUUUUUUUCGAUUUAUUUUCUCUGACAUCCUCCUUAGAUGUUGAGCUUUAAAUGCAUCAUAAUAUGUAGUUCAUUAAGAAAUAGCUCGAUGAAAAUUAAAUCGAUCUACUGAACUGUUUCCGUGCCUUCUUGGGAUGGCUGUAAUAUUUGGUUUCCUGGAGGUCCACGUUUGAUUAAUACCGUAUAUUAGGCUUCAUCGUGAUCUGAAAUGUAGCAAAGCAAAGCGAAUCGAGUUGAUGUUGGGAUGUGAUUACUGACAAUGAGGCGAGCUAAUAGAACAUCAUGAACUCUGGGAUACAUUUAGAGGCUUUGAAGUAGAACUUUAACGGAUUCUGAACACAGUUAGAGUGUUACUGUAACUGCAUUAUACUACCAAGUACCAACAUUAAUAUUAUAUUAACUUGACGACGUCUGCUGUUGAAUAUGAUCCCACACCCGAUCCUCAACCUUUCUCAUCCAGCCACUUUUCCCUAUCCUCUUUCUAUCUUUUUCCUCUAGCAUUAGAUCCGUUUACUUGAUUGUGGUUUUCUUCUAGGAUUUUCGGCUCUCUCGUCUUUCGACAAGAAUAUAGGAUCGACAUUUAUAGUCCUUCUACUCUUUCCACUUCCGUAAGUUCUCUUUUUCGUUCGUUCGUUUUUGCAAUUAUUUUACAUUUUAAAGAUAAAUGUUAUCCCUGGAGGCUAGCUACGGUGGUAUAAAUUAUUCGUACCUCGGUGGAUUGUCUUGUAACAUUAUUAUUGGUUGCGUGGGUGUAAAACUGGUAGCCUGUCAAAUCUAAGUUAUAAAUAGUAUCUUUUCAACAACAUCUUUGGCAUACCCUGCAAGCAUGCAAAGCUUGCUGAAUAUAUAUAGUACGCGACAGGUUGAGAUGGCAAUCAGUGCAUGAGGCAGGGGGACGCUUCGCACACCCCACCCCGGUUGCUGUGUGGGGCAUCCUCACCCUUGUUGCCAUGUCAACCAGUCGCGCACUAUACAAAGUAUUUCGGUUAGGUGAUUAAAGGAAAUAUUUUUGAGUAGAUAGGCAUAGAGGGAAGAGGAUACAUUGUGAAUUUGUGAUGGCCUCAAUAGUCGGUCUAUGAAAACACCAAUGAUUUUGAAUGUUUAAAGACUUUGCUGCUUGCUUUCCUGAAAGUAGGUAUAUCUAAUUACUGCAUCAAAUCAAAACAUAGUAAUUGAAUUAAAGUUUUUCAAUAGUCAUAUUUAAAGUAUGUUUUCGUAUCAUUUUUGUUUUAGUUUGUCACGUAUUA